AAUCGUCUUUAUAUCGUUGAUCAUGAAUCUCGGAGCUGCUAUUGCAACGUUUUCUAGCUGUAACAAGGCUGGAUCCAUACCACAGUUUACUCAACAUUUGAGCUCCAAUCCAAAUAAUUAUACAGCGCUUGUAUGGCGUGGCCGUGCUUAUAGCAUUAUAGGUGACAACGCCAAAGCAAAAGCAGAUUUCGCCAAAGCAGCGAGUGUGACGGUCCCUCCACGGAAGGAUUUAGCUCAAGCGGAGUGUGAAUUCCUAUCUGGAAAUUCAAAGCAAGGAAUAGCUAUUCUUUCUUCUGUCGUAAAACGCUAUCCAGAUUGUGCUGAAGCCUGGAGUAGCCUGGGGACUAGAUUUUUCUACGGAAAUGUGCUAGAUGUUGCCUUAGAAUAUUUGAAUAAAGCUGUAAAUCGCGGAAAAUCGAAUGGAGAAACGUCGGAGCCUUGGUAUCCAUGGGCCAACAAUCAUUUAGGUGAUAUUUGUUAUGCUGAUGGGAGAAUUGACUUAUCGUCAGAGUAUUACAACGAAGCUACACGAACAUGCAGUUCCUUGACCGUCGCACAUCUAGGUUCAAGUCGAUGUGAUAUUUUGCGAGAUAAUACUGCCCAGGCCAAAGCCAGCUUUAAAGUGGCAAAAGAGUUAAAUUCAACAUUAGUGGAAUGGGCCAAUUUUGACGAUUUCCGUUCAGAUGUUGUUGCUGAAAGCAAGGGUAGAGCUCAAGCAUCUGGCAGAGUGCGAAAAAGUGGCGCUGGGGGAGGAGGUGGGGGUGGAAGAAGCAGUGGGGGAGGAGGUGGUGGUGGAAAAGAUAAAAAAGGUGGCGACGGAAGUGGAGGGGAAAGUGACAGUGAUGAAGAUAGCGGGAGGAAAGGAAGAAGGACUAGAGGCCAGAUAGACGGUCAAACGUCACAGUCCAUAACUGACGUUAUAAAAAAGUUGAAGAAAGAAGCCCCGGCGAUAAAAGAAUUCAAUGGCAGAAAGUAUUAUCAAUCAAAGGACGGAGAGUAUUGGUACGUCAAAGAUACCGCUGGUCACGCCGGAGCUCUGCUGAAGAAGUAUAAGGAUAGGAGAUCAUCCCUGGAGUUUGUAGGGUCGAUGACAAUCGAUAAAGACGGGAAUUUAGUAGAUAUAGAUCCAGGGAAGAAACAUGAAUCAAAUAAGAUUCCAUUCAUUGAAAAAAGCAAAAUGAAAACCUGCAAAUAACAGUGCAGUCAUCGAAAAUAGGAUAUCCCUUGAUAAAAUCAGUCAAAGGUUUCGUGAAGCAUAAUUUUUCAUGAUUUUAAUUAGAUUUGGACAUCUAAAUUGCAUUUAUAUCCAUAGCGUGUGAUUAUUUUUUUAUGAUUGUAUCUAUUUUAACAUAUUUGUACCAAGGAUUUGUUUCCCACACAUUUUCUUGUUCAUGUAAGUUGGAUUAUAUCAGCUUGCUCGACUUGCACUGUCACCAUUUCCUCGAUUUUGAUACACAAACACAUCUGCAUCUGUGUUCUUACGUAUGAUUUCAGUAAUAAAACGCAAUUUGAUUGGUUCAUUUGACACUUCA